AUGUCGCUUUUUUUCUUCGUGUAUGCAUAUACUUUUAUCAAUGUUCAACAACCACAGGCUGUACCGACAACAGUACCCAAUAUGAAUGUAAUGGGCCAAGUAGUUAAUAAAACAAAGCGGCCUGUCGUCAUGCAAACAAUUACAAAUGAAAAACCUCCACCGCCGAUAUUACCCGUUCGUAUUCUUGAACUCGAAGCAACUAUUGAAAAUCGUCCAACAACGAUCGACGAGAAAAGUCCUGCUGUUCUCAAAUAUCGUACACCACAUUUCCGAGCAUCAGCUACCUUAAAAUUUCCUCCGUUAGAGGAAGGUGAACAUUGGAAAGUGGGUUGGAUCCAAUCGUGUACACGCAUGGAUUUCUUUAACUCCUAUGGUGAUAGUGGUUAUUCAAGUUGGGAAUUCCCUCAGUUAAUGUCCGGUCAAAAUCCAAUGAUAUCGGAUUCUGAUGGACGUAAUUAUCCGUUCUAUGGUUCGAAAUCUGAAGUAAUCGAACUUCAAGGACCAUUUUCCGAUUAUCGUACGAUCAAAGUACUUAUGAAUGACAAUUUUUAUCCUCAUAUCACAUGGGAUAUACCAACAAGUAAUGAACGUUUAUCACGUUUAACGAAUGUUAGACGUCACCAAACAUUUUAUACGUGGCUCGUCGCAAUGAAUGCAAAAAAUGGCUCAAUACUUGUAUUGAAAACAAUCACUUGGCAAAUGAAUCUUGAAAUCAAUGUUGACCCAACGAAACCGCAAGGUUCACGUGCUGUAUUGAUUUCGAAUCCAAUUCCUAUUCAACCGGAAAUUCUCAAACAAAAUAUUCGUAUACCGACGUGUGUGCUUUACCCUCCAAAUGCAAACAGUGCCCAAAUCCUCGUUUGGCAUCCAGGCCGUCGUCCUGGUGAAAUAAGCCAACGACCUGAAAUCGUCGUACCACCACGAUGCGAUUAUGUUCUACAUCAAAAUCCUUACUAUGAUCACUACAUCCGACAUAAAACUCAUACAUCUGUUCAAAAUAAACUCAAUGGCGGUAGUUCAUCGUCUUCAUCAACAUCAACAUCAUCAUCAUCAUCGUCAUCUUCUUCUGAGAAUAAACCUCUCGUUGUCCAACCGCCAACACACGACGCCUAUUGUCGUCUGAUCCAUCCUCAAACAUCAGGCCAUAAACCGGCUCCAAUUCCAGGAAAUCGUUGUUACAAUGGUGUAAAACAUAUCCUCGAGGAUCAUGCAAGACUGGCUCAAGGUGUGAUUGUUCGAUAG